CAGACCCCAACAACCUGCGGCCAGGAGGCGGUUCCGAAGGCUGAAAGAGUACAGAUAUGCAGCUCUUCUGGCACUUACAUCAAUCGGACCAUUAGCUCUUCAUUACUUCUCACCUCACACUCCAGAGAUCGAACAGUUGUUGGCUUGAUACGAAGUAAACAAGGUCUACAUCCCUUUCCUUUUACGCGACGACCAUGGCUCCAACCGUUACUUGGCGUGCGGGCACCGUCCCCCGCAAUCCAAUACAAGCCAAUGGCAUCCUCGCCGCCUGUCAAACAGCAGCUCAAGAUGCUGAAUUUGCAGAUUUUCUCACAAUGGAGAUAUGGACUGGACGGCAUACGAGCCGCACCAACCAUGCCACGACCCGUCUCAAGACCGUGAUCCAGACGGCCAACGGGCAACACCAGGUCGCCCACAUCUACCUAGACGCGAACUACACCUACGCCGGCCAUGCUCUUUACCCCAACGUCAAGCAAGACUGA